GCUGCCAAGUGCCACCCAGCAGAAUUCAGUGUAUUGACAUUACGCUACACAUUUUCUACAGUCAUAAAAUUGUUAUUUUAUGAAUGUUUUUCUUAAUUGCAAAUGAUUGUGAUUUCUAUUAAUGCCUAAUAAAGUUUUAUCAACAUGGCUUUGAAAAAAGUCAAAGGGAAUUUUGAACGAAUGUUCGAUAAAAAUCUCACGGAUUUAGUUCGGGGUAUACGAAAUAACAAAGAUAAUGAGCCCAAGUACAUAGCACAAUGUAUGGAAGAAAUAAAAGUAGAACUAAGACAGGACAAUAUAGCAGUGAAAGCGAAUGCUGUUGCCAAAUUGACAUACCUACAAAUGCUUGGUUAUGACAUAUCAUGGGCAAUAUUCAAUAUAAUAGAGGUAAUGAGUUCAAACAAGUUCACUUACAAGCGCAUUGGAUAUUUAGCAGCAAGUCAAUCAUUCCAUGCUGAUUCAGAAUUGCUCAUGCUCACAACAAACAUGAUUCGGAAAGAUUUAAAUGCUCAAAAUCAGUAUGAGGCUGGCCUUGCACUUAGUGGACUUAGUUGUUUUAUAUCACAUGAUUUAGCAAGAGAUCUUGCUAAUGACAUCAUGACAUUGAUGAGCUCAACAAAACCAUAUCUGAGAAUGAAGGCUGUACUUAUGAUGUACAAAGUGUUUCUAAGGUAUCCAGAGGCACUCAGACCAGCAUUUCCUAAACUCAAAGAAAAACUAGAGGAUCCUGAUCCAGGUGUACAGUCAGCUGCAGUGAAUGUUGUCUGUGAACUAGCAAGAAAGAAUCCUAAAAACUACCUGUCCCUUGCCCCUGUCUUUUUUAAGUUAAUGACCACAUCUACUAACAACUGGAUGUUGAUCAAAAUAAUAAAACUGUUUGGUGCCUUAACCCCAUUAGAGCCCCGACUUGGCAAGAAACUGAUAGAACCAUUAACUAAUUUAAUACAUAGCACGUCAGCGAUGUCUCUAUUAUACGAGUGUAUCAACACGGUGAUAGCCGUGUUGAUAAGCAUCAGCAGCGGCAUGCCCGGCCACGCGGCUUCGGUGCAGCUGUGUGUGCAGAAACUCAGGAUACUUAUUGAGGACAGUGAUCAAAAUUUGAAAUAUUUGGGCUUAUUGGCGAUGUCUCGAAUACUGAAGUCUCACCCGAAGUCGGUGCAGGCGCAUAAGGACCUCGUGCUGGCGUGCCUGGACGACAAGGAUGAGUCGAUUAGACUUAGGGCACUCGGAUUACUGUAUGGAAUGGUGUCGAAAAAGAAUUUAAUGGAGAUUGUGAAGAAGUUGAUGGUCCACAUGGAGCGAGCGGAGGGUACGCUGUAUCGCGACGAGUUGCUGACACGCAUGAUCGAGAUAUGCUCACAGAACAACUACCAGUAUGUGGUUGACUUCGAGUGGUAUGUCACCGUGCUAGCGGAGCUCACCGAGAUGGAGACGAGCGCUAAACAUGGGGCGGCGCUGGCGCGGCAGCUGACGGAGGUGGGCGCGCGGGUGGCGGACGUGCGCGCGUUCGCGUGCCGCGAGUGCGCGGCGCUGUGCCGGCGCAGCGCGGCCGCGCCGCCCGGGCCCGCCUCGCGCGAGGUCCUCUACGCCGCCGCAUUCGUGCUCGCGGAGUACUGCCAGGAGGAGUCGGUGAUGCGCGAGUCAGUGUCGCCGCUGCUGGUGUGCGCGGCGGUGGGCGGCCCCCACAUGCGGGCACGGGCAGUCUGCGUGCACGCCGCCUUCAAGCUUACGGCCAGGCUGUUACACGCCUACGAGACACGCGGAGACCUCGACGCCGCCCUGUCGGUAAUCCGCGAGGCGCUGGCUGGUUUGCGGCCGCUGCUCUGCAGCGAGGAUAUGGAGGUGCAGGAACGUGCGCAUAACGCGUCAGCGUUACUGGCGAUAGUGCUACCGCGGCUGGAUCCCGCCGGCGAAGACUACCCGCACGACACUCAAGAGAAACUGCUCGACCAUGAACAGAGCAAUGGUUUAGAGAAAGAAACAAAUGGCGGCAGUAUAAAUGGCGCGGAGACGCAUGGAUUCAGCGGUGGAUUAAUCGACGAACUCGUAGACUUGUUUGACGGCGAAUUGAAACCUGUAGCUCCGAAGGCACAGAAGAAAGUUCCCAUGCCUCCAGACUUGGACCUGAACGAGUGGUUAUCCCGCGAGCACUGGUCGUCGGAGAGCUCCAGCUCCGAGGAGGAGGCGGAGGGCGGCGCGGUGUUCGCGGCGCCGCAGCCCGACCCCCGGCCCACCGCGCAGUUCACGCCCGAGGAACUGCAGAUGUUACGAGAAGCACGUCGUCAGGAACAAGCGAACAAUCCGCACUACCUGAAGGACGACUCACCGCGCUCGUAUCAACUGGAGGAUGUGCCCAUCGCAGAGAUGGCAUUAGAAGUUCCACUUGAAAUACAAACCAAGAGAUCUGAUAAGUACUUAAUAAUUUCAAGAGAAAAUUCAAAGAAAACAAAGAAAGAGAAACGCUCUUCUAAGAAACGGAAGAGCAAAAAAAGCAAGCAUUCCACUGAAUCUGAUAGUGACGAUGAAGAAGAGAGCGUGCGGCGGCCGGCGGUGGAUGCGGGCGGCGAGCUGCCGGACGGAGCCGCGCCCUCCGACGACGAGCCGCCGCCGCCCCACGACGACCCGCACCGCGCGCUCGACCUCGACCUAGAUCUACCCCUACGUGAAGAAGAAUUGUUAACGUCCAGAAUCCAUCAGUAUCCAUCACCCGAAAGUGGUUUACUGUCAAAGAAAUCUAAAGAAUCUAAGAAGAAUAAAUCUAUCAAAAAUGAGUCGACUGACAAAUCAGUCAAGAAAAAGAAAGAUAAGAAGUCUAAACACGGCAAAAGCGUAGAUUUAAUGUUACCUGAAUCAGUUAAAAGUACUGUAGAUGAAGAUUUGCUUAUAGAUGAUUUUAGCAAAAGUUAUGGAAAAAGUGCAUCGAAAUCAGGCGACAAUGAUAAAAUCGUUCUUGACAAUCACGUAAAGAGUAUUAAGACUGAAAAAAAUAAAAAGUCCAAGAAAGAUGCAAAAGAAAAAGAUUCCAAGAAGAAGAAAUCGUCCAAAAAAGAUAAACACGAAACCAAGAUUGGUUACGAGGAAGCCUUAGGUAUUUCAACACCAAGCAAGGAAGUUGUAUAGUGUACAGUAUAAUUAAUUAUAUACUAUAUCCUUGUCACAUUAUACGUACCCGUCUCAGUGCAAUUGUUGAUUUGAACAACUUAGUAAUAAUUUUGUUGUAAUUAGUUCAAUAUAGUAUAUUAUAUAUAUUUAGUAGGCCUUGUUUUCAUUAAUAUUUCUUAUUACACCAUGACCAUUUAUAUAAUAAUGUAAUGUUUCCUUAAGUAUAUAUUGUAACAAAAGAAAAACAAAAUAUAUAAUCAUGUACAGUUUAUUAAAAGUGAAUAAAUAAAUAAAAAGCA